AUAGCAACACAACCACCAUGGACGCUGAAUCGCAGCGUGUUUUGGACUACUUGUCAGAAGUAGAGGAGGCAGCUGAGGAUGUCCUCACCUCUAAACAGCAGAUUGUGGACCUGGACUCAAAGAGAAACAGGAACAGAGAGGCACUGAACGCACUGAAAAAUGAACUGUCAGAUUCAGAAAAAGUGAAGGUUUGCUUUGGAAACAUGUUCAUCAAAUUUCCCAAAUCUAAGACGAGAGAGAUGAUCCAGAGAGACCAGGAACAGCUGGACAAGGAGAUCAAUGACCUUCGCAAGGGACUGAAAGCUAAAGUCAAUCGUCUCAAUGAGAUGCAAGGCAAACCUGAGCUGAGAGGCUACAGCCUGUCUCCUCUGUCCACCGACGAAGUCAAAGCUAUUAACGGUCUUUUAAAGAGGUGACAUACGACCACAGAUCUCCACACGCAGAUCUCAGCUGUGUAAACGGUGCUAGAAUGUGGCGGCCUCUGGAUGACAGCAGGUGCAUCUUCCCAACCUGAAGACACAUGGUCCAACGUCAUAUUCUGAGUAUAUGAAAGCAUAAAGAAGAAAGAAAAGCAAGAAAGGAAGUUGUUCUCUCUUUCCUGUGAUUUGGUGAAGUUGCACUAAAACCAGUGAUGGACAAUAUGGAUGAAAGUGUCAUUUUGUACGAGUAUUCAGACAUGAAUGCCUUAUUUAAGUUAGAGCAACUAAGGAGGUACUUGAAAAAGUGCUUAGUAACAUCGAUGCCAAUGAAUUAACACCACUGCUAUAAUGAGUUUAGGAUUGUUAGGACAGUAAAACAGUUGGUCAAAAUCCACAAUGGUACUUACAUUUAUAUCAACAAUUUUCAGCCCCCUCAAAAUAAUCUUGAUAUGCUGUGUGCUUUAAAACAGAAUGUAACUAGAGUCAGAGGAAACCUGCAUGUAAAAGCUGAGUGUGAGCACAGCUACUCUGUGUAUUCAAAGCAGUGCUCAUGAUAUUCUGGAGUCUUGUCUGCUCUGUUUUUCUUCUUUUUUUCUUUUUUUUUUGCAAUUGUUGCUACUGCUGUGUUGUCUGUGCUCUGUAUUCACUGGCCUUACCUUGACAGCUAGCGUUCUAGUUAGCUUACUGUGAACCAUAUCCACAGCAAUGAAGUUCCAAAAUAAUAAAAAAUGUUCAAGAAUGAUGUCAUUGGAAAGCACAGUUCUAUGAAAGCCCAUUGCAUUCACCAAAGAAAGGAAAUAGACUGUUUGUUAUAAUUAUGACUUCAGUAUCUCAUGAUUAGAAGUCACUAUAUCAGAUGUUAAAUUGCAUUCUGUGAUCUAUCUAUCUAGUUCAGCUACAUUUCCACUGCAAACAUGUUUAUGAUACUUCAUUGCAUAUUUUAUUCUGAUAGGUGUUACUAAAUAGCAUCAUAGUAUGUAGUUCAGAUUACAAAUGCUGAUAUGUUGGGUUCAUUUCAGA